CAAUUGCAGCAGCAGCAGGAACAACAACAACCACAACAGCAACAACAGCGGCAACAACGCCAAAAACGUAAACAGACACAGCAGCGUCAACAUCAGCAGGUUCAGAGUGAACCACCAAGUCCGCUGCCGUCGCACAUCCCACCGUACAUGCCACCGCACCAACCAUCGCCCAACCAGCGAACGCUGGAACAGCUGCAGCUAUGUUCGAUGGAACACCAAUACAGAAUGGAAGCGCUCCACCACCUCCACCCCCACCAACACCAUCACCCCCUCCACCGUUAUCCACCUGCGUCGUUCGCCACGCCCUACUCCCAUCAGUACAGCUCCACCGGCUUGCCAAUUGCACACGGCCCGUUUGAUGCGCCAGCUCCAUUGCCGCAACCGCGGUACGAUCCGGUGCGCCCGUCCCAGUCGUCGUCCUGCAUCCCGGACUCUGCACCGCAUCCGCCGACACAGUCGGCCGGCGGUGGCGUACCCUCGUGGAUGCGAUCGGGGCUGGCACUGUCCUCAUCCAGCCCGGCACUCGGCCCACCAUUCAGCAAUGAGCGGGCAGCGUACAUGGCACACCCAAUGCACUCCCAUCCCUCGCUGGAGGAGGCGCACGGCCUCUGCCGGGCAGGACAGAUGCACCAGAUGCAGCCGCCCGCUGGCUACUGGCAGAACUACGAGCGGCACCAGGCGCUCGCUCACUUCUGGCAGCACUCCAGAGCGAUGGAGCAAUUCCACGCGAACCAGAGUCUGUUCCGCCCGUGGAACUAUGGCCGGAUCAUCUCGGGCCGCCAUCUGCUGGAGGCGCCCAGCGCUACCGUGACGUCGGCAGCUGCCGGUGCCUUUGACUCGCUGCCGCCGCCCCCCACAAGCCACUACGUGUUUCCGUCGCCCGCCCAGAAUGCACCGCCGCACGCCAACGGAGCGGUGCACGGGCCCGUCCAUAGCCGCCCCGUGCCUCGCCAGCAGGAGCCGGAGUUUGCCGCUCCUGUCACCUUGUCACCAGGUGUCGACUACUCCGUACGGCGCUACCAGGAACCGGAAGCCAUCGUUUCGCCCGCCCUUCCUUCACAACGCCACCAGGAGCCGGAAGCCGUCGCUGCCCCUGUCGACGCUCCACCAGCAGUUCACUGCCACCAGGAGCCGGAAGCCAUCGCUUCACCGGAAGUCGCCCAAUCUGUACAGCACCACGCAAUGCAGGGAAGUUUCAACGUGGAGCAGCCAAAUGUCAACUCGGCCGUCAUUGAGCCGCUGACCGGCCCAUCCGCUGCCCCUGACGAUUAUCCCACAGUGGUGAUCGAUGAUGAGGACGUGGCCGAACCGGUGCCGAACACAUCGAACGAGCAGGAACAACCGGUAUAUAAGGAACAAGCGGCAUAUCAGGAACAUGCGGCAGAUCAGGAACAAUGGGCAGAGGCUAGCUACCGCUCCGAGCAGGUGGGCAGCGGGGCGGAAGAUGUCUUUGUGCUGACACCCACUCCGCCCCCGCCACCGUCCACUCCGCAAUCCGACUACCAUGCUGAGCUGCCGAACGAUGAGCUGACGGCCCCACCGCCACCCUUAGCUGAAGCAAAAGCUUUGCAGCAGCCGAACCCGAGACUGCUUACUCUGCUGCUAGCGGCAGUGUGUAGCGAUACGGUACCGCCAGCACUGUCGCCAAUAUCCGAUCUUCCGCUAGGUGCCGACUAUUUUAAUUGCAGCCGAUCCAAAAGCCCCCCAGCUCUAGAUUAGAAAGCUUCUGUGCGGGCGUGAUCCAGAGCAGCAGCUGGAGCAACCGCAAGAACAGCCGCAGAAGCAACCGCAGGAACAGCAGCAGGAGCAGCA